AUGAGGUGUAAAAAAUCAAGAGCUACCCCCUGCAGGUGUAAAAAAUCAAGAGCUACCCCCUGCAGGUGUAAAAAAUCAAGAGCUACCCCCUGCAGGUGUAAAAAAUCAAGAGCUACCCCUGCAGGUGUAAAAAAUCAAGAGCUACCCCCCUGCAGGGUGGAACAAAAAAUCAAGAGCUACCCCUGCAGGUGGAAAAAAUCAAGAGUACCCACUGCAGGUGUAAAAAAAAAUCAAGAGCUACCCCCUGCAGGUGUAAAAAAUCAAGAGCUACCCCCUGCAAGUGUAAAAAAUCAAGAGCUACCCCCCGCAAGUGUAAAAAAUCAAGAGCUACCCCCCGCAAGUGUAAAAAAUCAAGAGCUACCCCCUGCAGGUGUAAAAAAUCAAGAGAUACCCCCUGCAGGUGUAAAAAAUCAAGAGCUACCCCCUGCAGGUGUAAAAAAUCAAGAGCUACCCCCUGCAGGUGUAAAAAGUCAAGAGCUACCCCCUGCAGGUGUAAAAAAUCAAGAGCUACCCCCUGCAGGUGUAAAAAAUCAAGAGCUACCCCCUGCAGGUGUAAAAAGUCAAGAGCUACCCCCUGCAGGUGUAAAAAAUCAAGAGCUACCCCCUUCAAGUGUAAAAAGUCAAGAGCUACCCCCUCCAGGUGUAAAAAUUCAAGAGCUAAUCUUCCCAAGCAUAAAUAAUAAGGGCUACCCCAUACAGUGUAAAAAAUCAAGAGCUAACCCAACAAGCAUAAACAAUCAAGAGCUAACCCCUGCAGGUGUAAAAAAUCAAGAGCUAACCCCUACAAGCAUAAAAAAUCAAGAGCUAUCCCCUGCCAAGCAAAAAGAAGAAGAAAAAAAAGUAAUAGUCAAGAGCUAG